AUGUCCAGUCGUGCUUUUAAAAGAGCUGUAAAUAAAGAAGAUUCACUUUCUUUAAAACAUGUAAAUGAUGAUUCUGAAGAAAUUAUCGAUGAUUCAGAUCAAGAACGUCCGAAAAAAAAUUUAUUUGAUUUACUAAAUGAAGGAAAUGAAGAGAAUGAAGACGUUGAUCAAAAUUCUGAAAAUGAAAAUAUGACUGAAAAGCUCAAAAGAUUCAUCCUCAUCAGUGAGUGUGCUACGACCAAAGAUUCGGAUAAAAAGACUAAAUCAGGAAAGAAAGUUGAAGAAAUGAAUGACUCAGAAUUGGAAUCUUUAAUUCGAGAAGUUUCAGAAAAAUUUGGUGAUUCAUCACUGCAAUUAAAAGAUGAAUCUGCCGUUAAUAAUAGUUCUUCAUCUCCUGCUCCAUCAAAUAUUUCAUUUCUGGUUGUUGACACUCGUUUAUUAGACGAUGAUGGAGAAAUGAGAAGAAUGUUUUCUUCUGUAGUUGUUGAUAGAGAGAUUCGUGGUCGAAAUUAUGCACGAACUGUUAAAAAGACUGCACUGGCAAAACCAAGACAAAAUUGGCCUCCUAUCAUAAAGUGUGGUCUUGGAAUGGAAUUAUUAGAGGAGAAAGAUGGAAUUCUUUAUUUCACUUUCACUCAUUCUCUGCAAUAUCAAUCUAUCCAGAUGUCUUUUAUACAGUGUGUAGCUACUCAUGACCCAAAUACGAUCUAUGCUCUUUUACGAGAUAAUCCAUAUCAUAUAGAUUCAUUAUUACAAAUGAGUGAGAUUUACAAAAUGUCUAGUGAUCUAGUGAUGGCACAAGAAUUUCUGGAACGUGCAUUGUACGCAUUUGAAAGAAAUUUUCAUAUAAAAUUUAAUAUAACGAGAGGAACUUCUCGAAUGAGUUAUAAACGUUAUGAAAAUAGGGCAUUUUUCCUUGCUCUAUUUCGUCACGUACAAUCAUUAUCUCGUCGUGGAUGCUGGCAAACAUCCUUUGAGUUCUCUAAAUUAUUACUUUCUUUGGAUCCGAUAAAUGAUCCUUUAUGUGCGUUACGUUUUAUUGAUUAUAUUGGAUUAAAGGCUCGUCAAUAUUCAUAUGUGUUAUCUAUGGCAAAUGAGUGGAGUCAUCAUGAUUUAAAAAAUUGGCCAAAUUUUGCUUAUUCUGCUGCAUUGGCUCAAUUUCAAUUGGAGUUACAAAUUGAUAAUAAGAAUCCCAUACAUGAUGUCAGCACGGCAAUGUUGGAAAGAGCUAUUCUUUAUUUUCCUACAAUGAUUCUACCAUUGGCUGAAAAAUGUGAUAUUCAACUUGAUUCUAAUGUUGCUGAGGAUCCAUUUUUUCUAGAAACACCAACUUCAGACUAUUUGGACUUAUUGAUAGAUCUUUAUGUGGAUCAAGCUUCGCCAUUAUGGGCACAACCUGAAGUUAUUAGUUGGCUCCAAACAGCGCUAUGUAAUGUAUUUGUGAAGCAACAAAUUCCAUCUUAUAAAGCUUGUAUGGCACAUGAUGAAUUUAAUGAAGCUUUUGGACAUGGAAAAAAUAUCAGAGAAAAUUUAUUCAAUGGUCCAGCUCCUCAACUACCGGAAAUAGCGAAUAGAGAGAUUAAUUUAUAUGAUCCAUUACCUCCAUCUGAUGGUAUUAGCCCUUAUGUAAAUACAUCAUCAACUUUUACACGUAUUGCAGAUUUUGAAAACGUUCUCGCGGAUGAUUUACGCACAUUUUUGGAUAGAGUACCUAAUGGAAAUGUUCGUAUGCUUGCUGAGCGUAUACAUCAAAUAGCUGAUGUUACAAAUUUACAAGCUGCUGCAGAAAGAUUGAUUGGAUUACUUGUAGGAACUCAUGAUAACGAUGAUAAUGGUGAAAAUUUACCAGCGCAGGAUCAAGAACUAAUUAUGCCUGGAGGAUUUCCUCGUGAUAAUGAUAAUACCGAAUCUAAUCAAGAACCUAAUCAAGAACCUAAUCAGGAAUCUAAUCAAGAACCUAGUCAAGAACCUAAUGAAUCAGAAAAUGUAGAUGCAUCGGCUGCACAAAUAGAUAAUCAUGAUAACGAGACACAUGAAGAUUAUUAUUCUACUAAAGAGACUGCAUGGUUACAUUAUUAUGAAAAAUAUGUCUGUUAUGUGACCAUGCAGUGA